CAGUAAGCAGUAAGCUUCUUCCUCUGCACACUGUGUUGUAUUGAUUGGUUAACCAGAGCUUUCUCACUCUCUCUAGGGAAAUGACUUUCCUGUUCUCUCCUUCGCGACUUAUCUUCCUUCUCUCUUUCUUCUUGCUUCUCUCCAAUGGUUUCUCGUCCUCGUCCUCUCGCCGUGGCAUCCACCGUCGUCACCACCUCGACAACCACAAUUACAAAGACGCUCUCUCCAAGUCCAUUCUCUUCUUUGAAGGUCAAAGAUCCGGAAAGCUUCCUCCAAACCAGAGGAUGACUUGGAGAAGUAACUCUGGUCUCUCUGAUGGCUCUGCUCUCAACGUGGAUUUGGUGGGAGGAUACUACGAUGCAGGGGACAAUAUGAAGUUUGGUUUCCCAAUGGCAUUCACAACCACAAUGCUCUCAUGGAGUUUAAUUGAGUUUGGUGGUCUCAUGAAAUCUGAGUUACCAAACGCUAAAGAGGCAGUUCGUUGGGCCACUGACUUUCUCCUCAAAGCCACUUCACAUCCUGAUACCAUUUAUGUUCAGGUUGGUGAUCCUAACAUGGACCAUGCUUGUUGGGAGAGACCAGAAGACAUGGAUACACCAAGAAGUGUGUUUAAAGUCGACAAGAACAAUCCUGGUUCUGACAUUGCCGGUGAAACUGCUGCCGCUCUUGCCGCCGCUUCCAUUGUUUUCAGGAAGUGCGACCCUUCUUACUCUAAUCUCCUCCUCCAACGAGCCAUUACGGUUUUUGCAUUUGCGGACAAAUACAGAGGACCCUACAGUGCAGGUCUAGCACCAGAAGUUUGUCCAUUCUACUGUUCUUACUCUGGAUAUCAGGAUGAGUUGUUAUGGGGAGCUGCUUGGUUACACAAAGCAACAAAUAAACCAACGUAUCUCAAUUACAUCAAAGCUAAUGGACAAAUCCUUGGAGCUGAUGAGUUUGAUAACAUGUUUAGCUGGGAUAAUAAGCACGUUGGUGCUAGAAUCCUUCUCUCCAAGGAGUUUCUGAUUCAGAAAGUGAAGUCACUUGAAGAAUACAAAGAGCAUGCUGAUAGUUUCAUUUGCUCUGUUUUACCAGGAGCCUCCUCUUCCCAAUACACUCCAGGUGGGCUAUUGUUCAAGUUGGGUGAGAGCAACAUGCAAUACGUGACGUCUACAUCCUUCUUGCUCUUAACCUAUGCUAAGUACUUAACCUCUGCUCGUACCGUCGCUUAUUGCGGUGGCUCCGUCGUCACCCCUGCCCGCCUCCGCUCCAUAGCCAAGAAACAGGUGGAUUAUGUACUUGGAGACAACCCGAUGAAGAUGUCAUACAUGGUUGGUUAUGGUCCGAAAUAUCCACGUCGGAUUCACCACCGUGGCUCAUCACUCCCCUCCGUUGCAGCCCACCCGAGCAAGAUCCAAUGCCACGACGGCUUCUCCAUGUAUACCUCUCAAUCUCCUAACCCUAACGACCUAGUCGGUGCAGUGGUUGGUGGUCCGGACCAUAACGACCAAUUCCCUGACGAAAGGUCCGACUACGGACGGUCCGAGCCAGCCACUUACAUUAACGCCCCGCUUGUUGGCGCUUUGGCUUAUCUUGCUCGCUCCUAAUUAGUCCAACUCUAAUCAAGAAUAAAUCAUAAUUAACUUUUGGUUUACAAUGUUAAUUAGUAGUAAGAUUUCCUACAAACGAAUGGCUGUUCGAUCCUACGAGGCCACGACUGAAUGAUGUUUUAGAAAAAUGAUGAUGUCUUUUCGAUGUGAUAUCAUUUU